GCGCACUGCCCGUUUGUUUUUUGCCAGUUGAGAAAAAGAUGGUGGACGAAGCACGCCGCACCGUCGUAGUUUAGAUAGCGUGGCAAAGAAAGACACUUCAGGUUCGAUAAAAGAGUACAUGGAAGCCCCUGCAGGCCUUCACAUCUCAGAAGAACCCAUCACUGGAAUGCUAGAAUCAGAGCCCCGUGCCAUGGAGUCGAAUGGAGAAGUGUACCCUCCUGCUCUAAACCAAACCGCAGACUGGACCAUGGAGCAAGCCCCCCCACAGCCCAGCAUGGAUUCAGUUUCUGGGGCAGGAGACCACCCCAAUCCGCCGUUGCCUCCGCCUCCUCCCCCUCCUCCGGAGCUGGCCCCUGUGGAGAAAAGCGUGGAACAGGUUCAGGUCGCCAAUGCAUCACUGUAUCCGGAAGAGCCACCGCCACCUCCGCCGCUUCCACCGCAGCCCUCGGAACAGCCGCCGGAGCAAAAAGCAGAGUCCCUGGAAGGUCAGCCGCACACACAAGAAGUGACCAAUCAAGAUGGCACAGAGGCGUCUCAAUCCGCCGACGACGGCAUGGAGCUUGAGGAGGCCACCAAAGAUGUCGCUCCAGAAGCCGUCGCUCACGAAGCUGCCGCCCAAGAAGUCGCCGUUCAAGAAGCCAUCCUUCCUACACAGCCGGAGCUCCCCAGCGAGUUUGAAAAACUCUUGAGAGGAUGCGAAGACAACCCGGAGGACUUCAACGCCUGGGUCUACCUGUUGCAAUAUGUCGAGCAAGAGAAUAUCCUCGAAGCAGUGAGGAAAUCAUUUGACGUUUUCCUUCUGCGCUAUCCAUACUGCUACGGGUACUGGAAGAAGUACGCGGACAUUGAGAAAAGGCACGGCUACAUUCAUGUGGCAGAAGAGGUGUACCGGCGAGGCUUGCAGGCCAUCCCGCUCAGCGUGGACCUUUGGCUGCACUACAUGACCUACAUCAAGGAGAACUCUGACACGAGCGACCCAGAGACAGAGGGACGGAUUCGAGCGGCGUACGAACAUGCCGUUUUGGCCGCUGGAACAGACUUCCGCUCAGACCGCCUUUGGGAGUCCUUCGUCAUCUGGGAGACGGAACAGGGAAAGCUUGCGAAUGUCACCGCCAUCUACGACCGCAUCCUGGGCAUCCCCACGCAGCUCUACUCGCAGCACUUACAAAAGUUUAAAGAUCACGUUCAGAACAACAACCCCAAACAUUUCCUGUCGGAGGAGGAGUUUGUCAAGUUCAGGCUGGAGCUCUCCAAAGCCAACCUGGCCACCAUGGUGGGAGAAGACGGAGAAACGCCCGCCAACCAGGAGGAGCUGCCGCCCGGCACGGAGGAUCUCGCUGACCCCGCCAAGAGAGUGACAGAGAUCGAGAACAUGCGCCACAAAGCCAUCGAGGCUCGACAGGAAGUGUUCAACCUCAACGAGCACGAAGUCAGCAAGCGCUGGGCCUUUGAGGAAGGGAUCAAGAGGCCCUACUUCCACGUGAAAGCCCUGGAGAAGACGCAGCUGAACAACUGGCGGGAAUACCUGGACUUUGAGAUGGAGAACGGCACUCCGGAGCGUGUGGUUGUUCUCUUUGAACGCUGCCUCAUCGCUUGUGCUCUAUAUGAAGAGUUCUGGAUCAAGUACGCCAAAUACCUGGAGGCCUUCAGCACGGACGGCGUUCGGCACGUCUACCGGAAGGCCUGCACCGUCCACCUGCCCAGGAAGCCCGCCAUUCACCUACUCUGGGCUGGCUUUGAGGAACAGCAGGGGAACGUCGAAGGUGCCAGCAUCAUCCUCAAGACCCUGGAGACGGUGGUGCCCAACCUGGCCAUGGUGCGUCUGCGGCGGGUCAGCCUGGAGCGCCGGCGCGGCAAACUGGAUGAGGCGGAGGCGCUUCUGAAAGAGGCGGUGGAGUCCUCCAAGACCGCCUUGGAGACGUCCUUCUAUGCCGUGAAGCUGGCGCGGCAGUUCCUCAAGGUGCAGAAGAGCCUGAGCAAGGCCAGGAAAGUGCUGCUGGACGCCAUCGAGCGAGAUCAGACGUGUCCAAGGCUGUACCUCAACCUGCUGGAGCUGGAGUUCAGCGGCGACGUGACACAGAACCAGCCUGAGAUUCUGGCCUGCUUCGACCGGGCCCUGAAGAGCCCCAUGGAGAUGGAGUCGCGCCUCCUCUUCGCCCAGCGCAAAGUGGAAUUCCUCGAGGACUUUGGCAGCGAUAUCCACGCCCUGGUGGCCGCUUACGAGGAACACCAGAACCUGCAGAAGGAAGUCGACUUAUCAAAGAGGAAUGCGGAGAAUGGCUACGACAGUUCUCAGGAACCCGAUGCCAAGCGGCAGCGCGUGGACGACGGCUCCAUGGCCGCCGCCGGGGCUGACAUGCAAGCCAACAGCGCGUACAAUUACAACAACUGGUACCAGCAACAGUAUGGCGCCUGGGGCCAAAAUUCGUGGGGCCAGUACAACCAAUACGCCCAGUAUAACCAGUACUACCCUCCUCCUCCAACAUGAUGGCCACCACCGUGAUCGUGAGCUCUCAUGGGAGAAUGUGUCUAGCUUUUCAAAUUAAGACAACCAGCACCGCGUUUCCAAAAGAU